AUGUUUCCUAGCCCUGUGACAACGACACCCUUCUCGGUCAAGGAUAUUUUGAAUCUGGAACAGCAUCAGAGCGGCCUAGCCUCCAUGGAGCUCUCCUCCUUGUCCUCCCCCUCCUGCAUGUUGGCCACCUUCAAGCAGGAGACCUUCAGCUCCGAGCCCCCGGCCCUACCCGAGGAGCUGCCCGAACCCCACCCGGCCAAAACCGCGGCCGCCUUCCCGGGCUCCUACUACGUUAAAAACUACGUGGAAAUGGACUCGGCCAAGGACGCCAAGGCGGACAAGAAAGAACUUUGUUCCCUGCACAAGAACCUGGAGCAGGAGAAAAGAGAUCUGGAAGAUCCCGAGCGCCCCAGGCAAAGGAAAAGGAGGAAACCUCGCGUCCUCUUUUCUCAAGCCCAAGUCUACGAACUGGAGAGAAGAUUCAAGCAACAAAAAUACCUUUCGGCUCCCGAGAGAGACCACCUAGCGAACGUCCUAAAACUCACCUCCACCCAGGUGAAAAUUUGGUUCCAGAACCGAAGGUAUAAAUGCAAAAGGCAGAGACAGGAUCAGACCCUGGAAAUGGUGGGCAUCCCUCCCCCCCGCCGGAUAGCGGUGCCAGUGCUGGUGCGCGAUGGGAAGCCCUGUCUAGGGGAGUCUUCUCCCUACAGUUCGCCGUACAAUGUCAGCAUUAACCCCUAUAGCUACAACGCCUAUCCCGCAUACACCAACUACAACAGCCCGGCCUGCAACGCCAACUACAACUGCAACUACCCCUCCAUGCAGACCAUGCAGCCCUCGGCGGCCGGCAACAACUUCAUGAACUUCAGCGUAGGGGACUUGAAUUCGGUGCAGACGCCCAUCCCGCAGGGGAACGCGGGCAUCUCCACGUUGCACGGGAUCCGAGCUUGGUAG